AGCCUAAAGGGAAAGGGAACAAAGGGAAAGAGAUAGUGGUUGGGGGAAGUGGAACAAAAGCGUCCAACACUAAAUCAAAAACCUAUUUCCUUGAAAAUUAUAAAGUGCAAAAUUUGAGUGGUAAGUGCAAUGUGAUGAAAACUAUGAUGUUGGGAUUAAAAGAAGGGGAGCACGUUAAGGUACAUUGCACUAAAAGGACAUUCAAUAUGGAAAAGGACUUUGAAAUUAGUGUCACCGUUGAAGACACCGAUCAACUUCUCUCGGGAGCAUGGCUCAAUAUAUCAAUAAUACAAGUUUUUGCUACGGCUUUGAGUGAGUUGUGUUUUCACGAUGAUUGUCACCCCAAUAGUAUUGGAUUCAUGUGCCCGGAGAUGAUCUCGGCCACCAUGUUAAAGUCCGAUGCAGAUCGAAUUCUAUUGUACAUGACGAGGUCCAUGAGUGCACUUAGUUCUAAGACAUUCAUCUUAUGUCCAUACUACGAAAAGAGUCACUGGAUGCUUUUAGUUCUUUGCUUGUCUAAACGUGAGGUCUACAUAUUUGAUUCUCAACAGAAGAAGAGAAAUUUGAUGAUUAAGGAGCCACUAAACAAUGCUUUUCGGAGUUACAAGAGACUAGGUGGACAAUCUAAGGGAACUAAAUUAACAUGGAUUCCAGCACAGUGUGCUCAACAACCGGGAUCACUAGAUUGUGGCUACUACGUCAUGCGUUUUAUGUACGACAUAAUAAUGAAUCAUGGUAAUAGUCAAGAUCUUACUAAGGAUUUUUCAAGAACAUUGCCUUAUUCAGCGGAGGAGAUUAAUGAGGUGAAAGAUUUUUGGGCAGAUUACUUCAUGAACAAUGUCGAAUUUUUAGCUUAAUUUGUAAUAUGAACUUGAUCUCUAGCUAGCUACGUACCUUUGUUGUAAUAAUUUUAUGUUUGUUGUAACAUGUUGGUUGAUCGAUCUAUGACGAAUUUAAUUGCCUUUUAUUGGGAACGUUAAUUACGUUGUAAACUUUUGUGACAGGUAUUAAUUAUAAAUGUAUUCCCGGUAUUGGGAAUGAA